AGGCUGGAAGCGCUGGACCUGCGAGGUGUGUGUGUGCGCUGGCCCGGUUGAGCGGCGAGAGGCUUGGCGGCCAUGGCUCCCAACGUCCCCGCGCCGGAACCGGCCCCAGAGAGUCCUAAAGGCAUCCGGGCUGUGCUGCUGGGGCCUCCCGGGGCGGGCAAGGGUACCCAGGCGCCCAAAUUGGCUGAAAACUUCUGUGUCUGCCAUUUGGCUACGGGGGACAUGCUGAGGGCCAUGGUGGCUUCUGGCUCAGAACUGGGGAAAAAGCUGAAGGCCACUAUGGAUGCUGGGAAAUUGGUGAGUGAUGAAAUGGUAGUGGAGCUCAUUGAGAAGAAUUUGGAGACCCCUCAAUGCAAGAAUGGUUUUCUUCUAGAUGGCUUCCCUCGGACUGUGAGGCAGGCAGAAAUGCUUGAUGACCUCAUGGAGAAGAGGAAAGAGAAGCUUGACUCUGUGAUUGAAUUCAGCAUCCCAGACUCUCUGCUGAUCCGAAGAAUCACAGGAAGGCUGAUUCACCCUCUGAGUGGCCGUUCCUACCACGAGGAGUUCAACCCUCCAAAGGAACCCAUGAAAGAUGAUAUCACUGGGGAGCCCUUGGUCCGACGGUCAGAUGAUAAUGAGAAGGCCUUAAAAAUCCGCCUGGAGGCCUACCACACUCAGACCACCCCGCUGGUGGACUACUACAGGAAACGAGGGAUCCACUCUGUCAUUGACGCCACCCAGACCCCCGACGUCGUGUUUGCCAGCAUCCUAGCAGCCUUCUCCAAAGCCACAUCCUAGUAACAGAAGGCCAGGCGAGACCGCACCACUGCUCAUCACCCCGCGGCGUGAUCCCUGCUCUUAGGUGCUGGGCAGAGAGGAGGGGUGGUCACGGUGAGGAUGGAGAGGGAGGAGUGGUGAGGAUCCAAAAGGAGUAACAAAGAACAGCAAUGUGGUAGUGAGGCCAUCUCUUUUAUACAUAAUAGAGGAGUCUGAAAAAGUACAGAGGAAGGGGGAAAUUAAUUAAAAAAAAAAACUGAUUAGAGGCUGUAAAUAGAAAUAAGGAGGUGUAGUAUUGUUUCUAAAGGAUCCAAGUUUCAUUCACUGUGGAUUGGUGACAAUAUUUUUUAAAGCCAAAUGCCCUAAGACCUCAGUUUUUAUCUCAGAGUCUCAUGGAUUUUCAGCCUAAGAAUGCAGGAAAUCAAACUGUUGUCCUGACCUUCUUAAAGCUUGGAAAAGGGAGAGUUCAACUCCUGGCCCUAGUUCCCUGCACCAUGAGAUCAAAAGAUUGUCUCCACAUUGGAAAGAAAUUGGAGGGGGAGGGGUGUGUUCAUGGAGGCAGUGGCUCAGCUAAGUGGGGCUGGUUUCCCUCCUUAAUGAUGCACCAUUAUGUACUGGUCCACCUGUUCUCAUGGGUCAGUUCUCAGCAGCCACUCAGCAUCCCUGCACUCUUGCCAUCUUCCAUCCACGAUGUGGGAAGGGACCCUUGUUAAUAAGAGCAAGUGUCCUAAGCAACAUCAUCCAAAGAUUGUCCUUUCCAUCCUCAAAUCCUGUGAGUGGGAUCACUCGUCAGCACUGUGAUGUAUUAUUUUCAAUGAGGUGCCUUUCUUAACCGACCAAAUGCUGCCUUGUUUGGCCCCUAAAUCAAUAAAGUAUGUUAAAAAUUUGUA